AUGUCUCUAGAGUGCCACGAAGUUGAUCCAACUGCCUGUCAAAUAAUGAAGCAAAAAAUUCACAAUAUGUGUGAUGAAGCUUGCUGGGUACAGGCCUGUCCUCAAACAUGUGGCAAAUGUGCCAGCUGUUAUUCUUGUGAUCUGGUGAGCCAUCCGAGAUGUUGUACAAAUACUACUGUUUGUGAACCCGGUGAGCAAUGUUAUUCAAUGAAGCAUUUUUCUACUGAUGGUGGGUACGCAUACAAAUUGGGCUGUUUAAAACAGCAGGCUUGUUCAAGACUUCGCACAUCAUUCAGUAAUAUCUUCGGAAGAAGAGAUGAGAUAGAAUUGCCUUUAGACGGAGAUUGCUGUCAAGGUGACUUUUGUAAUAAAGUUGUUCUGAGACAUUCAACAACUAGUACAACAACAACGACGCCAACAACGACGGCACCAAUGACAACUACGGCACAAACAACGACGAUGCCGACAACAACAACAACUCGUGAUCCCCUGGGUAUUUGUAAAUCUAAUACGGAGUUUGCUAUAACAAGAAUCCACAAUUUGCAUUUCAACAAGUUUGUUUAG